AGUUUGAUAGUCGUAGAUUUGUAGUGUUUUAUUAAUUUUUUCGUAAUAUAUUGUUUUAAUUUUUAAUAAGAAAUAUGGAAACAAAAGUUACAGUUUCUUCCCAAUCUCAGGUAAAAUAUCCAAUUAAGAAAAUCAUCAAAGAACGUUGUGCGGAAAUUAUUGCUGGAGGAAAUGGAGGAGUUUUCUAUAAUCCCGUCCAAGAAUUCAAUCGAGAUUUAAGUAUUACCGUAAUUAAUUGUUAUUUUCAAUAUUUGCUGAAAGAAAGGCAAGAAAAAAUGUCGAACGGGAAUAAUCAAGACACUGUAAAGCAAUACUCGGCCGCAAAAAAAUAUGAAGACGGGUUACGCAUUUUAGAGGCUUUAUCCGCUACCGGUUUGCGUAGCAUUCGUUAUGCAAAAGAGGUAGCUGGUGUUAAAGAAAUCAUAGCUAAUGAUCUUUCUAAGCACGCCGUGGAAGCUAUACGUGAUAACGUUAAACACAAUAAAGUAGAGCAUUUAAUUGAAGUCAGUCAUGCAGAUGCCACGACUUUAAUGUAUUUAUCGACAGCACUUUCGAAGCAAUUUGAUUGUAUUGAUUUGGAUCCUUAUGGCUGUCCGAACCGUUUUCUGGACGCAGCUAUACAAUCGCUUAAAAAUGGCGGGCUUUUACUAGUGACGGCUACAGAUAUGGCCGUAUUGGCCGGCAAUGCACCUGAGGCGUGCUACGUGAAAUAUGGAUCAGUACCUUUGAGAAUGAAAUCCUGCCACGAAAUGGCUCUGCGUAUUGUCCUGCAUUGCGUCGAAAGUUAUGCCAAUCGUUAUGGCAAAUAUUGCGUACCGCUCUUAAGUAUAUCAGCCGACUUUUACGUACGUGUAUUUGUGCGCAUAUUCAACAGUCAGGCCAAGUGUAAAUUUAGCAUGAGUAAGCAGUCGAUGAUUUAUCAAUGCACCGGCUGCAGUACAUUCAAUUUGCAACCUUUGGGCUCAAUUAAGCCUAAUCACACGGAAACACAGCCUAAGCAAGUAAAAUUUGGAAUACCAACAGGCCCUCCGGUAAACACCCAUUGUGAGCACUGUGGACAAAAACAUCAUUUAGGCGGCCCGGUUUGGUCAGCUCCGAUACAUGAUAACACAUUUGUUCAAAGUUUAAUUGAGGCCAUAAACAAAGCACCUCUCUCUGAAUUAAGUACACAAAAACGCUUGAACGGUAUGUUAACCAUGGUGCUGGAGGAAUUACCAGACGUACCGCUCUACUAUACGUUGGACAAAUUGUGUUGCGUACUUAAAUUGGAAAUAAUACCCAUUCUAAAAUUUCGCACGGCUCUACUGUACGCGGGCUACAGAGUAUCUUUUUCACAUGCUUAUAAGAAUUCUAUAAAAACGGAUGCUCCCGCAUCCGUCAUAUGGGAUAUUUUACGUUGCUGGAAUAAGAGGCAUCCCGUCAAAGAAGAAAGAAUGAUUAAUGGUACCCCGCUAAAGGAAAUCCUAAGUAAACCUUGCGAAAACGAAUACAAUUUUGACGAUUUACAUCCCGAAGCGAAUCCGAAAAGUCGAAAGGACGCCUUAUCUAGAUUUCAAGCGAACCCUACUGCAUUUUGGGGACCUGGAACAAGAGCUACCAUCAUGGUAGGUGAAGAUAAAUUAGCGAAGAGCUAUCGGAAUCAAAACAAAAAGCAAAAAUAUAGACCCCAAGAAAACAUUAAAGGCAAUGAGCUUGAUGAUCAGCAAAAAUCAAAACAACCCAAAAUUGAUGAAACACUAGGUGUAGAUGAAAAGCAACAACAAAGCCAUUUGGAAAGAUGAUACAACGAAAAUAAU